AUGGAUUCUUUGGCAAAAUCCAUCACAGAAUUCUACUUCGAUCCGGAGUCUAACCUCACUUUCGAUAAUUGGUUCAGCCGUCAUGAGGAUGCAUUUCGGGUCGAUGCAGCAAGCUUGGACGAUGCAGCUAAAGUUCGUUUGUUGCUCCGUAAACUGAGCGACAAAACCCACACGGAGUAUACAAAUCACAUCUUGCCCAAGCUACCACGGGAGUGUAAUUUCGACGACACAGUGAAAAAACUCAUGGAGUUAUUCGGCGCACAUACAUCAACUUUUUGCAAGCGAUAUCGCUGUCUCACGCUCAGCAAAAGUGCAUCUGAUGACUUCCUAGCCUAUUCAGGUAAAGUUAAUCGCUUCUGUGAAGAUUUCGGUGUAGCGGCUUGUUCAAUUGAUGACUUCAAGUGCCUCAUAUUUGUUUGUGGCCUCCACGCAAAGCAAGACGCCGAAAUACGAACAUCACUGCUGGCUAAACUGGAAGGUAGUAAAAAAAUGACGUUGUCUGACCUUACUGCCGAGUGCCAUCGGAUUCUCAGUCUCCGGAGAGACACCUCGAUCCUGGAAAACCCCACCAAGUUGUCCCCGAGCGAGAGUGCUUCGGUGAACGCAAUCACUCACAAGACUGACAGCUCCAAGAAAAUGAACACCUUCAAGCACUCAUCGAAAGCCCCAUCGCCCCAUCAUCACAACCAAAACAAACAACCAUUCAAAAACAGUUGUGAUAAGCCCAGGACACCAUGCUGGAAAUGCGGACAAAUGCAUUUUGUCCGUGAGUGUUCGUACCAGGAUCAUCGCUGCAAGGACUGCCAACGGGUCGGUCACAAGGAGGGGUACUGCCAGUGUGUGUCGUCCAAUCCUGGUAAGAAAAGGAGGUUGAGACAGCCCCCAGUGCAAACCAAAGGCAUCUACUCCGUCAAGCAAGUUGCUGUUCAUCAUCGAAGGAAGUACGUAUCAGUGGUCAUCAAUAAUGUCCCACUGGAGCUCCAGUUAGACUGCGCUUCCGACAUCACCGUCAUCUCGGAGACUAGCUGGAAUCGCAUAGGACGUCCUACCAAGAAACCACCAUCGCAGCAUGCUCGCACAGCUUCGGGGCAUCCCCUGGACUUAGAGGCAGAAAUCGAUUGCAACGUUUCGCUCAGAGGAGUUCAACGCUCAGGUAAAUUGUUUGUUACCAAUAUUCACGGUCUCGAUCUUUUAGGCCUCGACUUCAUCGAACUCUUCAACUUGUGGGACGUCCCCCUGAGCAUGGUUUGCCACCGCAUAAGUUCAUCGCAGGAGGACGUGCAGAGUUUGCGUGUAUCGUUUCCGAAUCUGUUCACCGAUUCGUUGGGUUGCUGUAAUAAAACAGAAGCAAAGCUGUAUCUCAUGCCAGACGUUCAGCCAGUUUUUCGAGCCAAAAGACCUGUGCCGUUUGCCGCAUUGCAGUCGAUCGAGCUCGAGCUAAAUCGCCUAGAGUCGUUGGGCAUCAUCGCGCCUGUGGAGUUUUCGGAUUGGGCUGCACCUAUAGUCGCAGUUAAGAAGAAGUCGGUCAAUGGUGAGCCGUGCAAAAUACGUGUGUGUGCAGACUAUUCCACCGGCCUGAACAGUGCCAUUCAGCCCAACCAUCAUCCGCUGCCACUUCCUGAAGAGAUUUUCGCCAAGCUUUCGGGGAGCAAUAUUUUUUCGCACAUUGACCUGUCGGACGCCAACCUGCAGGUACCUAUGAAGAAGGAAUCGCGAAAAUUUCUCACCAUCAACACACAUCGUGGCCUUUUUGAAUUUAAUCGUUUGCCACCGGGUGUGAAGUCAGCUCCUGGGACCUUCCAGAAUAUCGUCGACGCAAUGGUUGCAGGACUCGAGGGGGUUGAGACUUACCUCGACGAUGUGCUUGUCCACGGCCGGACACCGGAAGAACAUCGCUCUCACCUUCUCAAGGCUCUGGAGCGCAUUCAGGAGUGGGGAUUUACCUUGCGGAUCGAGAAAUGCUCAUUUUUCAUGUCGGAGAUACACUACCUUGGCUUCAUCAUCAACAAGCGAGGAAUCAAGCCUGAUCCGAAAAAGACUGCAGCAAUUUGUAGCAUGCCACCCCCGCAUGACGUCAGCAGUUUGCGUUCUUUCCUUGGUGCCAUCAAUUUUUAUGGGAAAUUCGUUCGCAACAUGCACGAUCUUCGCCAUCCACUCGAUGCCCUUCUGCGCAAAGACACCAAAUGGCACUGGGACGAAAAAUGUCAGAAUUCUUUCGAGCAGUUCAAGAUCCUUCUACGUUCUGAUUUACUGCUUGCUCAUUACGAUCCUGCUGUGGAGACUAUUGUAGCUGCAGGUGCAUCCAACUACGGUGUAGGCGCUUGCUUAAUGCAUAAAUACGGCGAUGGGUCAGUGAAAGUCGUGUGUCAUGCAUCUCGAUCACUCACCAAGGCCGAGCAAGGGUACGGCCAAGUGGAAAAGGAGGCGUUGGCGCUUAUAUUCGGAGUCACCAAAUUCCACCGCUUCAUUUACGGAAGAAAAUUCACCCUGCACACCGACCACAAGCCUCUGCUCGUCGUAUUCGGUGCAAAAAAAGGAAUUCCUGUGCACACCACCAAUCGCCUACAACGGUGGGCGCUCAUUCUUCUGUCGUACGACUUCGAAAUAAAGCACAUUUCAACUGAUGACUUCGGCUAUGCUGACGUGCUUUCCCGGCUCAUUGAUACCAAAAUCAAACCGGAAGAGGAUUUCGUGAUUGCUUCCGUUCAUCUAGAGGGAGAAAUUACUGCUACGAUCGAUGCGGCAAUAAACGUGUUACCAAUCAACUUCAAGCAUCUACAAGCGGCUACAAUCAAGGACAAAACUCUUCAAACAGUCAUCAAUUUCGUCCAGUCAUCGUUGCCCAAGUCAGUGAAGCAGGUUGAAGAUUCUAUUCGUCCAUUCUACGCUCGCAAAGAUGCACUAUCUGUGGUUCGCGAGUGCCUCAUGCUAGCAGAUCGAGUUGUUGUUCCGCAUAUUUAUCAGCAACAGAUUCUCAAGGCUCUCCACCAUGGUCAUCCGGGACAAGAUAGAAUGAAAGCGGUGAUGCGUAGCCAUGUCUACUGGCCUGGAGUAGACCAAGAUGUCGAGGACUUCGUACGAUCCUGCCGAGCUUGCGCCGCUGUCGCGAAGACUCCUACUAAAACUUUGCUGUCAUCCUGGCCCAAAUCAAGUCGUCCUUGGCAACGGCUCCACAUAGAUUACGCGGGACCAGUUGAAGGUAAUUACUUUUUGGUGAUCAUCGACUCCUACAGCAAAUGGCCUGAAAUCCUUCGAACUUCAUCGAUCUCCGCCAAAGUGACUACCGAGUUGCUUGUGGAAACAUUCGCACGCUAUGGCCUACCAGAAACCAUCGUAAGCGACAACGGGACGCAGUUUUCUAGUAGCCUUUUCAAAGAACUGUGCGACUCCCUAGGCAUUUUGCACAUUCGAACUGCGCCGUAUCAUCCACAAUCAAACGGCCAAGCUGAACGGUUUGUGGACACACUUAAGCGGAGCCUGAGGAAGAUUAUGCCUGAAACACACAACUCCAUCACACGAUCACUGCAAAUAUUUUUGGCUGCCUAUCGUGCUACUCCCAACAAGUCAGCACCUAAUGGUCUCUCGCCUGCUGAAAUUUUGAUGGGGAGGAAACACCGUACAACUCUGGACUUGCUCAAGCCAGGUUCAGUGCAAACAACACCACUUGAGCGAAACCAACUCCAAGAAGAGCAGUUUAACCGAAGGCACGGGGCACAAAAGCGACAGUUCGAGAAAGGAGACCCUGUCUACGCCAGCAUUUUGAUUCAAGGAAAGCUCGUCUGGCUGAUUGGCACCAUUAUUGAACGCAUCGGUACUGUUAACUACAACGUCUGGCUGGAAGAAAAGAAGCGGCUCAUCAAGUCACAUGCAAACCAACUCCGUGCUCGGGGGGACUCAAAAGUCGAGGCCUACCCGGAAGAAGCUGCAUCGGAAGUCAAGCUGCCUCUGCACAUCCUGCUCCAAGACUUCGAUCUCGGCGAAGAUCCAUCAACACCUGAGGUUCAACAAACAGCACCAUCGGCUACGAUUCCACCACAACGCCGACAACGAACGAGGCCAUCAAGCAUUCUUCGGCGGUCAACUCGUAUCCGCCGGAUGCCGGAGAGGUACAACCCGUACUUCUACAAUUAA